GGCAGAGCUCAGCAGGCUGUAGUGAAGACAGGACAGGGUUUGCUGUUGUUUUGCUCUGGUCUUACCUCAGUAGCUUCGCACUUUAUACGUCCAUUUCAUCUAUUCAGUUCAGAGUGAACUAAAACAGUCAGUUUUAUCGCAAAAUCACCUUCAAUCGCGAUUGAAAUCGGCUGCAUCGAGCGAAAAGAGCCCGGAAAAGGCAAACAUGAAAUGGAUGUUCAAAGAGGAUCACUCCUUGGAACAUCGAUGCAUAGAAUCAGCAAAAAUCCGCAACAAGUACCCUGACCGGGUCCCGGUGAUUGUGGAGAAAGUGUCAGGAUCACAUAUCGUGGACAUUGACAAGAGGAAGUACCUGGUCCCGUCUGACAUCACAGUGGCUCAGUUCAUGUGGAUCAUCAGGAAACGCAUCCAGCUGCCAUCAGAGAAGGCCAUCUUCCUGUUCGUGGACAAGACAGUGCCUCAGUCCAGCAUCACGAUGGGGCAGCUCUACGACAAAGAGAAAGACGAGGAUGUUUUUAUAUGUGGCUUACAGCGGGGAGAACACCUUUGGAUUUUAAAGCAAAGCGCCGGUGGUGAGCGGCCUUACCCACGGCGCCACACUGACACCCACCCACGUCUAAUCACAGCCCCCACUCAAACCCCCGGAGAAACUGUGGGAAACCCCGGCGAGAUUUCAGAGACGCGAAUGCAAGUGGAACGACGGACUGACUGCUCACCUGACUGGAUGAACACCAACCAACGAGUCACCGGUGGGAUUGUUCUGGCCCAUGUUGCACCAGUUCUUUCUAGAUUCAUAGAUGAAGUUGUGUAUAGUGUGUCCAAACUUGAAUUAUUGUGUGUUUGAUGUUGUGAAUAGAGUGUUUUACUUUUAGAGGAGAUCUUGAUUUUUGUUUUUCUUUUUUCAGUUUUAUUCCGUUUGCUUUUAGUUAUGCUUUCCUCUUUGAAGACAAUAUUUAAAAAAAAAAAGUUAAUUAUUUGACGGUAAGGUAGCUGGAUGACCUAACCAAUAAAAGAUCAAAAUCCAA